AAGUGGGAACGGGAGCUCAGAGGCCUCUGUGGCAGACUGGAACUCGGAUACAGAGUUGAAAGAGAUGUUACUUUUCAUUUCGGGGCAAACGUUAUUGAUUGAUGCAGACAUUUGAGUGCCUUUAGCGAUGUUGAAUGUUUUCCCUCACAUGACUGGGGUAAAUCAGAUUACAUUUUCCUCAGGGUUAUUUUAUCCAUUAAUAGCUGGCACUUCACUUUGAACAUUGCCCACAGGCAUAGAUUAUGUUCAAAUAAAGGCAGACACUGGAAGAGGGAUUCAGGGCGUUUCAUGAAGCCAGAUUAGCGCUUUAGAGAAAAAUAAAGUUGGGUUUAACCUUGCGCUCUUAAUGGUUGCACACUUUGAAACUGAAUUAAGUGAUUUUUUUUUUUCUUUUUUUUUUUGAAUGGUGGAGGACAGAGAGAGGACAGCAGACUCCCAACCCCAGUUUUGGGCCCAUGAUGCUAACCUUUGAUUUUGCACUUGAGCACUCAGCACUAAUAAUUACAUUCAGGCCACACACUUGAGUCCCACUGUUCUUAAUAAAGAUAAACAGCAGCCACUUCAUCUCACGCCACCCGCCGCCUUCUCCAAAAGGCACGUUCGGAAUACACAAGACUCCCGUAUCCCGAUGGUCGGAAAUAUAUUCUGUCCACGGCGCGCGGCGGAGUCGAUUUUCCGUCUCGUUCCACGAGGUGUGACUCAAGCUCUUUCUCGGGCGGACAAAGAUAGAAGAAGAGAAGUGGGAGUUCUCGCUCGUCUUUUAAGGGCGGAAAAUACGACCGCGGCAUGCACUCGUGAAUAUGAAAUAUUAGGAAGACAGGUGAUUUUUAUUUUUUUAUUUUUAAGAUUUCUUCUCGCCACCUUCUGUCUGAUUGGCCGUGCUUGUUUCAGGGCACGAUGGGCGCGGUGGGCUGGACGUUGCUCCUACUCUCCCAGGUGAUGGUGCCCGCGGCGUCCCAGAAGCCCCCGGGCCUCAGCGUGGGCGUGGUCAUGGGCCAGACGCGCCACAUUUCCGACCAGGACCUGCGGCCCGCCCGGCGCCCCGACGACGCCCUCGACGUCUCCGUGGUGAUUCUGCGGAUCAACCAGACGGACCCCAAGUCGGUGAUCACGCAGGUGUGCGAGCUCCUGACGCGCACUCGCCUCCACGGCCUGGUGUUUGCCGACGGCACCGAUCAGGAGGCCAUUUCCCAGAUCCUCGACUUCCUCUCCGUUCAGACACAGCUUCCAGUCCUGGGAGUCUACGGAGGCUCCUCUAUGAUUAUGGCCGACAAG